UUUCAUAAAUUUAUAUCAAAAAAAAUAUUUAACGAACAGAAAAAAUAUGAAAUCUAAUAUAAACCAUAUUUUUAUAUUUUAUAUUAUUUUUACUGUAAUUUUUGGUGUGUCCGCCAAUAGUGUCAAUAAAGUGAUGUCAAAAAAGUCGGCCAAAGAGUGUUUCAAAGUUUACCGAAAAGAUGUAGAAUAUGUGACCCAAGUUCUGGAGCAGAGAUCGUUGAGUUUGAACCAGUCGUUUGAGUCGGAAAAGGGUUAUAUGAAGACAACAAUUGAAAAGUUUCGCCGAUCGCUGGAUAGUAUGGAUCGACUCUACGAUCAGUGCCGAGUAGUUAAGUUUGCCGACAGUUACUGUCUUCACGGCUGCCAAACCAUGAGCUCCGAGUUCGCCAGAUAUACGGUUUAUGUCUUUCAAUUGUUGUUGGCUGUCGAUCGAUAUGACAAACUAUACGACACUACUGAAUGAUGAUUACCUACAAAAAAAAGUGUUUUAAUCAUUCAAACAUUUAUUAAUUUAAUUAUGAUUUCUUUUCUUUUUUUGUAUUUAAGCAAAAAAUAUGACUGAAAAUAAAAAUUGUCAAAAUUAAUUAAAUUUUAUU